AUGCCAUCCGACAGUCAGGAGGCGACACUCGUGUUGGAACGCUGUGCCCGCCGCUUUCAAGAAGAAGCUCUGUACAAACAGGAUCCCCGGUAUCUGAAGAUUUGGAUCAGCUACGCCGACCGAUUGAGCAGUCCCGGAGAAAUUUUCAAGUUUCUGCACAAGAAGAAGAUCGGAACGACGCAAGCCCUCUUCUGGGCCGCCUGGGCUUUUGUGGCGGAGAAGUCGGGGAACUUCUCCCUCGCAGACAAGCUGUACACCAAGGGCAUCGAGCUCCACGCGCUGCCCAUCGAGCUGCUGGCAGAGCGUCGGCAUCACUUCCAAAGGCGCAUGUCGCGGCACUGGCUGAGAUUGAACGAGGAAGGACGCGCGGCGGCGUUCGAGGGCGGAGAUGAAGGCGGGCCGGAGGGCAGGGGAGGGAGAAGCGCACUGGCGACGAAGAAAGAGAAGAGGCGGUAA